CCACUUGUCGACAAUGCUCCGCAUCGCCCGGCGCCGCGUGUGCACCGCGGGCGGCGGCGGCAGCGCCUCUGACCGCUUCUGGGCGUGGACGACGCAGCAGCGGCCGUCGUGGAGGGAGUCGCCGACCGAGGCUGCGGUCGCCUUCUGCGUGUUUGGCGUCACGGGCUCCACGAGCGUGGCGCUCGUGCGGCCCGCGCUCAAGCGGACCAUCGGGCUCGAGGGCUCGAUGCGCGAGGGGCCGUGGUCGUACCGCAUCACCUCACUCGUCGCCGUGUCGCCCAUCUAUGCCACGCUGCUGGUCAGCUUUGGCACGGUCGCCGGCCGACAUCGCUACUUUGCCUACAUGGCGAACAAGAUAUUUGGCCGCUUCCUGCCCAAUUUCGUGAUGAAGCGCAUCUCGGAGACGGCCGGCUGGUGUUUCCCUGGCUCGCGAAUUGUCAAGUGACCAGUCAGAACUCGCGCAUUUACCUACGCUCGCUCUCUGGAGCACGUCCAGGACCCAGGUCCCCGAGCCGCUCCACCACAGUGUUAUGUGUUAUGGGGUGCGGCCCGCCGGCUGCCAGUGUGCGUGUGGCGCGUCAAUAUUGAAACGUGGUUUAUAUUA